AAACGGAACCAACGGACCCGGCCGAGCGGGAGCCUGCGCCGGCCGGGGACGCCGGAGCUCGUAAUUGGAGAUCCUGGAAGGAGAACUUGUUGCAGUCUGGGAAGAUAGGGGAGGUGUAGGAUUUCACCUGCCCAGGUGUAGAAGAUGUCGAAGGAAAAAAGCCUUAAAAAAUCCUUUCAGGAUAGUCUGGAAGAUAUAAAGGAACGGAUGAAAGAGAAAAGAAACAAACGACUGGCCCAAAUAGGCAAAACCAAGCCCAUUCUUGCUGCCAAGUGCAAGAUAGUAGCCAAUCCAUCUGCACAACUGAAAAGUUACCAGGAGAACAAUAGAGCAUUAGCGUUAGCGUUAGAGAAUGAAAGAUCCAAAGUGAGGGAUGCCCAAGACACCAUCCUCCAUUUAAAGAAGGAAUGCCAAUGCCUCAGCCUUCAGUUGUUUGUGUUAAAAAGACAGCUGACUUCAGAGCAAGCAGAAGAUUCCACUCAGGCUAAACUGUCAACUUUGAGAGGCAUUAUCUGUAAGGUCACUCAAAAAUUGCUAGAGACAGCUGACCUUCUUAGCCCAGCUCAAGCGUUAUGUUCUACAGCCCUUAACCAGAGAAUGAAUACCUCAGAAAUGGAGGAAUGCUACAAUGAAGGCAUCUCCAGCAACUCACCAGAAAAUUAUUUGCCGCAUGUGCCCAUUCUGGACGCUGACCUUCCAGGAAAAGCUGAAUCUUCUCAGACAGAAGGAGAAAAUUCCCCUGUUUUUCAAGAUACACUGGGGCUUAAUAUUGAGACUUCUCCAAAUGAAGAGGAGAAGCUACCUGACAGUGUCCUACCAAGAAGUGUAUCUGUUCGGCGCUGCAGUGUACGGAAAACGUACACUGAUAAAUUUCACCUUGAAACCUUAGAUCAUUUAGAAAUUGGUCAUUUGACUGAGGAAUUUUGCAAACCAGACCGCCUUGCAUAUGAGGAAAAUCUAAUAAACAAUCUUGUCACUGAAAAUCUAGACCAAAAUAUCUGUCAGUGGAACAAGAACCAAAUUAAUUUAUCCCCUGUGCUGAUUGAGCCAGAUGCUCUUACUGAAACAGAACAUGUGGUGGCGAUACCUACAGCGAACCAAACUGAAAUAAAAAGUAAAUACUCACAAAGAGGAAAAAGAGAACAAAAAGGAAAAUCCAGUGGGAUGAGGAAAUCUAAGUGUGCACUAAAGGGCAAGAAGAGUAGGAGUAGAGGUAAAAAAACUCUUUCCAAAGAAAAAUUAGAUGAAUCUGUGGACUCGAGUGAUGCCUACAAUUUUAAUUUUGAAGAAUGUGUUCACAUCACUCCUUUCCGGCAAAAGAAAGCAAAUGAUGAUUGUGAGCAAGAAGAAAUCAGUAUUCAUUCUGAGAUGAAAAACUCUGAAUCAAGUGAUUCAGAACGAGAUUCUGGUGAACUCUAUGUACCUUUUAAACAAAAAUCCAAAUACAUGCAAAGUCUGGAUUCUGACUCACUUAUAAGCCCCAUCCAAAUGAGGCCCCGAUCCAAAAGGACGUUCUCAGAACAGAAGAAAUUUGUGACUGAAAACGCCCCUGAGAGCUCUGUGAGACCGGCGGACACCGGCCGUGUCAGUUCACCUUCUGAAACUCAACAGUCAUUUCAUCUCAGCUUGAAAGAUGUCACCAAUAUCCAUCAAACUUCUGGUGCAAAAAGCAGAAAACAUUCCAUUCCAUUCAGCAAGAGUGAAGAACGUUCUUCUCUGCCCCUGCGUAAGCGCAGGUGCACCCUCAGUGUGAAUUAUAAGGAACCUGCCCUUGCCACAAAACUAAGAAGAGGAGACCCAUUUACAGAUGUAUGUUUUUUGAAUUCUCCAAUUUUCAAAGAGAAAAAGGACUCCAGGCCCAGAUCUUCUAAAAAGCAUUCACUGUCCAAAUACAAUGAAGCUUUUGUUGGAUGUCGUUGA